AUGCCCCUAGUCGAAGUCCUAGGCACAUCCCGCUCCCACGCCACCCCCGGCUGGGCCUACGUCCCCGAAACCUCCCUUCAAAAAUCAUCAUCAUCCACAGCAGCAACAGCGCUCACAAGCCGCAAACGCGGAAUCCGUGAACCCGGCGGCAGCACCACAGAUCUAACCUCGCGGCAAAACCACGCAAUCCUACGCCAUUUAGCCGAACUCGAUCGCGAAAACCAUCGCGAUAAUGUUCACAUCCCCGUGCCCGUGAGGAAAGAUGCGAUUCAGCGUGAUAAUGGGAGAGGUGCAAGGGCCAAGACGACGAGUAAUGUGAGACGGAUUGUGCAGAGUCAGAAGACGUUUAGGAAUUAUUUGGAUGAUGAGGAGGCUGCGUUGGGGUAUGCUUCUACCUCUGUUAUGGGGAGUGGUGCGGCGGUACCUGCUGCUGGAGCUUCGAAAGUUGCGAAGAUUGCUGGGAGAAGGAGUUUGACGCCUGCAGCUGCUGCGUCGAAUACCGAUAUGUUGACUGAACGGCAAAAGCCAACGAAGAAACAAAACACUGAACGAACCACAACAACCCAGGACAAUAACGAAAACCCCGAAGUUCAAGAAACGCCUAUCCAAGGCGGCCUCAUCAAAUCCCCCCACGACAACGACCAUCUCCUCAAAUCAUACAUUCCGCACGCACCCUCUGAUCGAUUAAUGGCCGCUUUACUAGCUGAACCACCCCUACGAUACCACGUUGCUCGCGCGGCGCCGUCAGCAUCCGGGAAACCGGCGCGACGGUUUUGUACGAUUUGCGGUUAUUGGGGUAAGAUCCGGUGUAAGAAUUGUGGAGUGAGGACUUGUGGGUUGGAGUGUUAUAAGGUUCAUGAGGAUUCUAGAUGUGGUGCUUUUUUCUAG